CCUGUCGAAAAAAACCGAACGUUUCUGCCUUUCGAAAACUUCCUCCCCUCCUUUCAUUUGCUGUCUUCCGUAACGGAAUCGCGAAAUAAUUAUUUCCGGGGGAGCAAGUAAAUGCAGACAGCGCGAAGAUUUUAUAAAGCGGGACGAAAAUGGUGAAAAAAAAAGAACCUCCAAAAAAUAUUAGAGAGAGAAAGGGAGAGAAAGAAACGGGCCGUCUUAAAUACAUCACCUCCCCAUUGAAUGCUUUACCGAACUCACCACCCCAUUUUUGCCUCCCUUUCCUCCUCUGCAACUUUCUUUCUCUCUCUAUCUGCAACCACCCUCAUCCUCUCUCUCUCUCUCUCUCUCUCUCUUCUUUGAAGGGAAGUUUGCAUUCUUACGACGGGGGCUGAGGAGUAAGGACCCGGAAUGGAGUGCGUUGAAGCCGCUUUGAAGACCGGGUUCGGGAAGGACGCGAUGCUGGUGAAGCUGAUGAGGCCCCACGCCUUCUCCGACGACCUCCUGGCCUUCAAUUCCCACGCCGGCGCCCCCGCCGGCGGCGACGGCGGCGACGGCGACGACUUCGUGGACGACCUCUUCGACUUCUCCAACGACGAGGCCUUCGCCGGACAGGAGGAAGAGGCGAGGACAGAGGAGACGGCGGGCCACGAGCAGACGCCGCAGAAGCAGAAGCGGGAGCCCCGCGGCGGUAGCGACGAGGACGGUGCGUCCGUCUCCGCCGGGCAAAAGGACGAUUUGGGGCUCGUGCCGCACCUUCCGGCCGAGGAUUUGGCGGACCUCGAGUGGUUGUCGCAUUUCGUGGAGGACUCGUUCUCGCACUUCUCGGAACCGCUUCCGGCGGGCGUACUGCUCCAGAACCCCACGAGCCGCGAGGACCGGUCCGAACCGGAAUCGGAAUCUUCCGGCUCGUCCAGACCCGGGUUCGCGACUCCGCUCCCCUCGAAAGCCCGGAGCAAGCGGCCCCGGUCCGGCGGCCGGGCAUGGUCCCUGGGCGUCCCGUCUCUCGCCGAGCCGUCCUCGAGCUCUUCGUCCUCGACGACGGCCUCGUCGCCCUUGCUCGCCAGCCCUUGGUUCGCGCACCUGAACCGGAGCCGGAGCCUCGAGCCGGUCGAACCGGAGCCCUGGGAGGCCAAGCCGCCGAUGAAGAAGCAGAAGAGCAAGCCCGCUGCUGCUUCGGAGACGGCCGGACCGGCCCGACGGUGCAGCCACUGCGGCGUGCAGAAGACCCCGCAGUGGAGGGCCGGCCCCAACGGGGCGAAGACGCUGUGCAACGCGUGCGGGGUCCGGUUCAAGUCGGGCCGGCUGUACCCGGAGUACCGGCCCGCGUGUAGCCCCACGUUUUCUAGCGAGCUGCACUCGAACCACCACCGCAAGGUGCUGGAGAUGAGGCGCAAGAAGGAGUCAAUGACGACGACGGCACUGGGUCAGCCCGAGCCCGGUCGGGCCGUGCCCAGCUUUUGAGGGCCAGGGGUGGGUUCCUUCCUGGCGCCUCGGGAAACUAGGAAUUAGGGUCGAACCGAACCGGGCUCCGGUUCGGGCGGUAGUGGUAGGGCAGAUAUGCUAGGAUGUCUUUAGGUAAGUUACAGGAAUUCUCAAUGUACUAUUUUUCGUUAUAGCUCCAAUUUAAUAUCUCAACAUCAAAUUUUGCUAAA